CUUGCGCAUUAAACCCCCACGAAGCUCGUGUACGUGCGUUUCGAGACAAUCAGAUAUGUCCUCCACUCUCAGAUUGGGAAGCAUUGCGCCCGACUUCGAGGCUGAGACUCAGAUGACUGCCGGUCCGAUCAAGUUUCAUGAAUGGAUCGGAGACAACUGGGCCGUCCUCUUCUCGCAUCCCGGCGACUUUACGCCUGUAUGCACGACCGAGCUUGCCGAAGUCGCGCGCCGUGCAAAGGACUUCGAAGCCCGCGGAGUGAAGGUCAUCGGUAUCUCUGCGAAUAACCUGGACGACCACAAGGCAUGGGUAAAAGACAUCGAAGAGUGGGGUGGCAAGGUUUCACCGAUUGAUGUCCAGUUCCCAAUCAUCGCAGAUGCCGACCGUAGAAUCUCUACGCUGUAUGACAUGUUAGAUGCUCUAGACCCCACGAACCGGGACGCAAAAGGUCUUCCGUUCACUGUCCGCACGGUCUUUGUGAUUGACCCUAAGAAAGUCAUUCGUCUCACAAUCUCUUACCCCGCAAGUACGGGCAGGAACUUCGACGAGAUUAUCCGAGUUAUCGAUUCUCUCCAAUUAGGAGACAAGCACCGUAUUACUACGCCCGUCAACUGGCAGAAGGGCGACGAUGUCAUCGUCCACCCGACCGUUUCUAAUGAGGAAGCAAAGAUCCUGUUCCCCGAAUUCACUACACACAAGCCCUAUCUGAGAACCACCCCACUUAAGGUCUAAUGAGUUGACAUCGGAAACAGUUAUUAACCGCUAUUAUAAGAUGUAUUUGGCGAUAAGAAAAAUCAAUGCUGUAAAUCUGUACCGAAACAAUACACAUCCGUAUAUUUCUUCCGUUCAUUUGUACUUCCUGAUAUGUAUAAUGCUUUGCAGUCAACUCGAAGAUGCAGUUACGCCAUUUCCAAAUACCCGAUCAAUUUUCAUUCGUCUGUCCCAUAUGACUUCUCCUGUCGUCUUGCACCGGAAAUGCACUAUUCGGUGAAACGGAAUGAAGGUCUCGUCGUCGACGUCCUUACUCCAGCUGUUCAACGGUAUUUCCUUGAUCCCCAAAAACCGAUCCUCGUAACCAAUAAGAUAUUCUGCUUCGUCAUAUCGCGGAUCCCACAGCAGGCGGUUGUACACGUCAGCACUCGUCCUGAGUCUCUCCGCAGGAACGUGGUCUCCAGCCUGCACGUCGCCCGCGGCCCUGCGUUGCUUCUUCGAUACGGAUUGAUUUACGACACUCUCCUGACGAUCCCGAUCGUCUUCGACUUCUUCCCAAUACGAAGCAGCGCCUGUCCCAGCUUCUUCACCUUCCGCAGGGUUAACGGGUUCAUCAAUACCGUCAUCCCUCCAUUGAGGCCUAUCGUACCCGAUGUUCCCGCAUUUCAUUAUGUCUGCCCGCGUACAUGGCGACACUCCGAAGAAGCAUGUCGACACAUCAAAGUACGAUGUACUCGUUCGGACGUAAUUCUCAAAUGCUUGUAACACGCCGAUAAUCGGUUUCGUACUCUUUUUGCUUUGGUGAAGCUGCAGCCCUAGCAGAUAGAACCCUUGCAUAGAAGAAGAUCUGCCGUCUGUUAUCGCCUGACACAAGUGGGUGAGACGUUCUGGCCAAAGUCGUACUGUAGCUUGUUGAUCGGCUGUAUGAAGGUUGACUAACAGUUGAGUAAGCCGUGAUUCUACGAAAGCGAGUAAGGCCCGGGCCGCUGUGCAAUUUCUGCCCCAAUAGCUCACAUCUAUCCUAACAAAGCCCUUGAAAUUAUCAAGGAAAUUAGCAACUGAGCUCGCCUCGCUCCCACAGACAUCCGCAAAUGACGUGCCAUCGAGCAACGGUUUGUACGCGAGACACAGUUCUCUGGUAAUCGUUUGCCGAGUGAAAAAAGUGGCAUUAGUAGCAACGUUAUUGAUUGGCCUCUGUGGGGAUAAAAUAACCAUCGGGUCUGAAACGGAUCUCUUGUAAGUUACAUCUGUCAAAGAUACAAUCUCUGAUGCCCAGGGAAACGCAGAAUAGACUUGAAAGAAUCGUUUGAUAUACUCGAAGACGCUAACAGAGCCUGAUAAUUUUUCCGCUAUUCGCCGCAGCAUUAUUGCCAGAUGCGCUCCUCCAAGGAAUCCCAUACGAGGGGAAUAUAUUCCACGCCGGAUGCAAAACAGUUUGAUUAGCCGGUAAGCAA